AUGGACACCUUAACACUCUUUAAGCCUUCUCUUUCUUCUAGACCUCCAUCUGAUAUGAAUCCACCUCUUGGUGAAAUUGCUCACAGGUUUCUCACGGGUAGUUCGUUGCUUUUGCGAACCACCAAUGGGGUUAGUUGGGCGAUUUUGAAGUUUGGGAAGGCUAUAAAGGAAAGUGCAGUAGCCAAAUUUCUUGUCGAUCGUACUGUCAAAAAUUAUGAACCAAUAAACCUAGAUAUCCCUGAUGAAGAUGUGAUGACUAUUGAAGAAAAUAAACCUAUCGAAGAGUCUUGGAGAAUGUAUUUUGAUGGAGCCAUAAAUGCGUUAGGCCAUGGUAUUGGAGCAAUCUUAAUAUCUCUCGAUAGGCAUUAUUAUCCCAUCAUGGCUAGGUUGAAUUUCAAUUACACAAACAAUGUGGCUGAAUGUGAAGCCUGUGUUAUGGGUUUGCAAGCGACGAUUGACAAGAAAAUCAAAAUGUUAGAUGUGUUUGAAGAUUCAACUCUUGUCAUCUAUCAGUUGCGAGGAGAGUGGGAAACGAGAGAUUUCAAGUUGAUAUGGUACCAUAAGUACAUCUCUGAAUUAUUCAAGCAAUUUAAAGAAAUUCAGUUUGAGCAUCUGUCUAGAAAAGAGAACCAAAUUGCUGAUGCACUAGCUACUCUAGCUAUAAUGUUAAAAUAG